CGCGUCUCAAGCCGAAGUUGCGCAUGCGUAGUUUGCGCAGAGCGCAGGGCCGAUACGUAGCCUUGGCAACGUAGAGAGGGGGAGUCCCGGCAACGCGCCGUCAACAUUCACCUCGUUUAGGGCCCGAGCACGCAGCACGCGCUCCGGGCGCCCUGUUUCCCCGGAAGACCGGCUUGACAAGGGCGGGAGCGAGAAGAAAAGCGGAGGCGGGCUGCUGCCAGGCUCGUGCGCGCGCUCCUGGCUCGUUAUUUUCUAGCCGCACGGCAGACGGCAGUCGCCGGCUUGUGGGCAGACAGCGGUAGCGCGUGUGGCACGUCAGAGCUGGGCUUUACGCUCGCAGACGUCCUCGAGCUGCGUCGGGGUGAGACAACUACGGGACGGUCGGUGCAGAGCUUCGUUUAAUCUAUGCGCGCGAAUCUGGUGAGGAGGAAGGUCGGAUGAAUGGCCCGCUAUGGAGGAAGUGCCGGUUUCUCGAGUGCAUGCGCGGCGCAGAAAGAGGCGCCUGGCCAGGACGGGGAUUCCUUGCCAGGACGAGUUCGACUGCAAGGAGCUAGAGAACCUUUUUCAGAAGUACAAUCUAAAACUCGAGCAGACUGCAACGCUUAAAGCGCUGGCCGUGCUCAUCCUCGCUGCGUCCGCACUCGCAUUGGUCGAGCUCCUGUCCGCUGGCUCGCGCUUCACCGUCUCCAAGGGCUCGCACCCGGUGCACUGCGUCAUCUUCACCUCGCUCUUCAUCGUCACCAACGUCAAGUACCUGCAGGUGACGCAGCUGCAACAGAUCGCCAGGCUCGCGCUUCUCUUCAGCUUCACGUUCGCGCUUCUCUGCUGUCCGUUUCCGCUCGCUCUCGGGCCUGGCACACAGCAAGGCGCGCACGGCGCACACGGACCCGACGCGGGCGCUGCCGCACCUGAGCAAGGUGUGUGGCAGCUUAUGCUCGUCACAUUCGUCGCUUACUCUCUGCUGCCAGUGCGGACCCUCUUAGCCGUCGUGUUCGGCGUGCUGGUCGCUGCGUCCCAUUUUAUCGUGACUGUCACGUCUCUAACUGCCCUCAGAUCGCGCGUCUGGAGUCCGCUGGUGGCAAAUGCAGUGCUGCUGAUUGGUGUGAACCUGUCGGGUGUGUUUGUUCGAGUCCAUACCGAGCGUGCCCAGAGGAAGGCCUUUCUGCAAGCUAGGAGCUGCAUCCAGGAACGCCUGCAGCUGGAAGAUGAAAAUGAAAAACAGGAACGCCUCCUAAUGAGUCUGUUACCCAGAAACGUCGCCAUGGAGAUGAAAGAGGACUUUCUCAAACCACCAGAAAGAAUCUUCCAUAAGAUCUACAUCCAACGUCAUGAUAAUGUGAGUAUCCUGUUUGCAGACAUUGUUGGGUUCACCAGUUUGGCUUCUCAAUGCACAGCUCAGGAGCUGGUCAAAUUGUUGAAUGAACUCUUUGGGAAGUUUGACGAGCUUGCCACAGAGAACCACUGCAGAAGGAUAAAGAUCCUAGGAGACUGUUAUUACUGCGUGUCUGGUCUGACCCAGCCCAAAGCUGACCAUGCCCACUGCUGUGUAGAAAUGGGCCUGGACAUGAUUGAUACCAUCACGUCUGUUGCAGAGGCGACGGAGGUGGAUCUGAACAUGCGUGUGGGAUUACACACAGGUCGUGUGCUGUGUGGGGUUCUGGGAUUGAGGAAGUGGCAGUAUGAUGUUUGGUCAAAUGAUGUCACGCUGGCAAACAUGAUGGAAGCAGGAGGACUUCCAGGUAAGGUUCAUAUCACCAAAGCCACUCUGGAAUGUCUGAAUGGAGAUUACGAGGUGGAGCCAGGCUAUGGGCACGAGAGACACGCCUUCCUCAGCAAACAUGCCAUCGAGACCUUUUUUAUCGUGCCCUCUCACAGACGCAAGAUUUUUCCUGGCUUGAUUCUGUCUGAUAUAAAGCCAGCAAAGAAGAUGAAGUUUAAGACGGUCUGCUACCUGCUGGUGCAGCUCAUGCACUGUAGGAAGAUGUUCAAGGCUGAGAUUCCUUUCUCCAACGUCAUGACCUGCGAGGACGAUGAUAAGAGACGAGCCUUACGCACAGCGUCAGAGAAGCUACGCAACCGCACGUCCUUCUCAGGAGUAGCUCAUAACUCACCCGGCACACGCGUGAACCGCUACAUCGGAAGACUGAUUGAAGCUCGGCAAACCGAAUCAGAAACUGCGGAUCUCAAUUACAUCACUCUGACCUACAGGAGCAGAGAGAGAGAGAGAACGUAUCAGCAGGUUUAUGAUGAUGGCUUUAUCAGUGCUGUGGUGAUCUCUCUCCUCCUCACUUCACUCUUCGCUCUUGUCUAUUUUCUGAUUAUCCCUCAAGGUCUGGUGAUUGUUAUUUUGCUGGUUAUUUGUAUCUGUUUCCAUAUGGCGAGUGUAAUGUAUCUUCACAUCACUCAUGUGCAGUGCUCUCCAGACUGUCUCACUCUGCAGAUCAGGACGGUUCUGUGUGGCUUCCUGGUCCUUCUGACCUAUUCAGUGACCCAGGGCUGCGUGGUGGCAUGCAUGCCAUGGUCAUGGAGCAGCAACUCCAGCAUCUCCAUUAUCACGGUUGUCAUAGUGAACGGCACGGCAGUGGGCACAGGUGUGUGUAAAUACACUCCAUACGUGUUCUUAUCUUGCGUGAUGGCAUCCCUGUCUGUGGCUCUAUACCUGCGCGUGUCAUCACUACCCAAGAUUCUCUUGCUUCUCCUCCUCAACGUCCUCCAUACCGUUGUCAUGGAGACCAGCGGCUACCGGCAGGCUGUGGGAGGAGGGUUCUUUCACACUCAUGGGUAUGAUCCUGUUCUGGCCAUGCUCCUCUUCUCUGGUGCAAUGAUACUCCACUGCAGACAACAAGACCUCAAACUCAGACUUGACUACCUGUGGGCCACACAGGCUGAAGAGGAAAGAGAUGACAUGGAGAAAGUGAAACUGGACAAUAAAAGGAUUCUGUUUAACCUGCUCCCUGCGCAUGUGGCCCAGCACUUUCUCCUGUCCAACCCACGCAACAUGGACUUGUACUAUCAGUCCUACUCUCAGGUGGGCGUCCUGUUCGCCUCAAUCCCAAAUUUUAACGACUUUUACAUCGAGCUGGACGGAAACAACAUGGGUGUCGAGUGUUUGCGGCUCCUCAACGAGAUCAUCGCAGACUUUGAUGCACUGCUGGAUAAGGAGUGCUAUAAGGACAUUGAGAAGAUUAAAACUAUAGGCAGCACUUACAUGGCAGCAGUGGGUCUUGUACCUACCACUGGAUCUAAGGCCAAGAAGUCAAUUUCUGAACAUUUAUGCACAGUGGCCGACUUCGCCAUAGAAAUGUUCAGAGUUCUAGAUGCGAUAAACUACCAGUCAUACAAUGACUUUGUGCUUCGAGUGGGCAUUAAUGUAGGUCCAGUGGUUGCAGGAGUUAUUGGAGCGCGAAGGCCUCAGUAUGACAUCUGGGGAAAUACAGUGAAUGUGGCCAGCAGGAUGGACAGCACUGGAGUACAAGGCAAAAUCCAGGUUACCGAGGAUGUCUUCCGCCUCCUCUCUGGCCAUUACCGCUUCCUAUGCCGUGGUCAGGUCAGUGUGAAAGGCAAAGGUCAAAUGCUCACCUACUUCCUAGAGAGCUUGUCUCAUGAAGGCCCUCUCCAAUCCUGCUCCCAGAGCCUGGAGCGCCAGGAAAGCCCGUGUAUUCAGACCAAGUUGAGCCACGCCCCUGCUGCUUGCAGUUAUGGGGUCAAAGCACAGAAUGUUGGCCCUGGUCCCACCUCCUCCAACAGCAGCAUCCUUUACCUGCCCUCUGUCUCUGUAGACGUGGAGAUGGAGGUGUGACUGAUGAGGAGGCAUUAUCUAUGGCAACCAACCUGUCAGUGAAUCAAAGGGGAGUGAGACAUGAAGGAACGAGAUGGUGAAGGAAGACACGGAGGAACACAAUGGCACUGAAUGUGCUUGAGAAAAAAAUGGGAGAGACGCAUGACUGAGAAAAAAGAAAUCCACAGGGUGACCGAGAUGAGAGACGGACAUUUAAAUCUCUCAUGCAGAGAAAUAACCCUCCUCCCCACACACAUGCAAACAUAAUGAGCAGAUUUGUCUAUUUGUGUGUGUGUGUGUGUGUAUGUGUGUAUGUGUGUGUGUGUGUGUGUGUGUUUGUUUUAAUGAGUCUUCCUCAGUCCAGCUAGAUAUCAGGGGCUCCAUAAGAGGAGCAUGUGUUUUACCGUAAUGGCAGCUUCACACCAACAAAGGAGCCACACACACACUCCUCGGUGUGUGAGUUUGUGUGUGUGUGUGUGUGUGAUUGCCUAUGAAAAUAAUAAGUAAUGGUAAAAAAUGAAUGCCACGGCAUUAACCAUUCAAAGCAUGCGUAUGCAGUGGGGACCAAACAUUUAUCAUUUAAACAGCGCUGUAUUUUACAUUUGUGUGUGUGUGUGUGUGUUUGAGAUAGUGUGUGGAAAACUUGCAGGGAGAGUAUUUAUGGGAAUUUAGUACCACUCGGAAACCAGUCAGUGCCCUUGGCAUGACGAGGGGGGGGAGAAAUCCUGUUGGUGUUCUGUUUAGUCUGUGGGAAGUUUAUGACAACGUGAGGCAAUUGACAGCCUGUAUUGAUGUACAAAAAAAACUGAAUCUCUGAUUCAUUUCCUUCAAAGUAUUUCUUCUUGCCUUCGAUCGAGUGAGUGAGUGUGUGAACAGAUGAUACAGUCUAUCCAGAGGUUAAAAUCGUGUAAAUAUUGUCCUGUUAUCAUUAACAAUAGGAUGUGGGUUCCAAACAUCAGUACAGUAAAGCCGCUAACGCUUACACACUGGUGCUUUGAGAAGGAACAUUCUUGACGUCAGUGCACACUUCCUGCUGCUCUUUGACCUUUUACUAUGACGGAGAUUUCGAGUCUGACACAAACACAAAUAUAGAGCAAGCUUUUGUCUUAAAUAUACAUCUUACACGCUAAAGGUGAUGUUCCCAGAAUCCAGAACAGUACGUGUGAAAUCAAUAUGUGAAGCAGUGGCUUAGCCGUUCAGGAAGAAUGAAAUGUACUUUAUCAGCUGCAAGAAACUUAAGUGUCCACCGGGGAUAAUAAGCAGCUUUUUUCUAAGUUUGAAAAUAGCUCACAUGGCUUGUUCUUAUUUGUGGAAACAGUUGUGAUAUUUGUUCUAUUCAGAGUUUCUAAGUAGGCUAACGCUCAGCUGGAUCUUGCUAGUGCUGGUGGCAAGGGGAUUUAGCCUUGUGCUUGCACAAGGAGGAGGGCUAGCACAGAAUUAAACCUGCUUUGGAUUUCAAUGCUGGUGGUUGCUGUCAAACGUACUCAGAAUAUAUGGAUCUCCAUGCAUUCAGGAUAUAAAAAGGGCCUCUGACAUCUUGGUUUCGUGGGCAUAAAGUGUAUUUGAUCUGAUCAGAUAGUAUCUCAUGUUUAAUUUAUAAAGUUUUUUUUUUUUUUCUUGGUGAACUGCUACUGUAACUUUGAUAUUUCUCCAAAUAUGCCUAGAGAAUGAAGUUGGCUUCGAGCUUGCCGUUCUGCAUGUCCCUCUUCGCAUGAUCUACCUUGUCUCGUUCUUUUUGCUAAGUGCAAUGUGACUCUAAUGCAUGACUAAUGCAAAAAAAAACCUGAACAAAAAGGGUGAAAUGCGUAAUGGGUAACUAUUUAGAAAAGGCUUUUAGUUGCACUGCAUGAAUGUAGAAGAGUGGCCUUUUGUUCAUUCUUACUGUGUUUCUGGUCUCAAACCUUUAUCAACAGCUUGUUUGCUUUUUUUUUUUUCUUCUUCUUCUUCUCCAUGCAUGGUGCUGUGAAGUGUUGGAGAAAGCUUGGGAGUUUUGUAGCAUCGCUGCCUUUUUUUGGCUCUUGAGGUGACUGCCUUCUAUCCAGGGGUUGUUGGUUUUGGGUGUAUUCCUUUGUGCCAACACAUUUUGUUACCAACAUAUCAAUUCCAGUGUUCUAUUGUAGCACAAUUUUGUGAUAUUGUGUUUGAUUCUACUUUUUAAAAAUAAUACAGAGUUUUAUAUGCGCUGGAUCCAUCAGAAGUACAGUUAUGGCUUCCUGUAAAAUGUUUGGGGUUAGAUGUUUCGAUGUUGGGUGUCUUCUUCUGGGGUUUGGAGAAGUAUAUUUUCUUGAAUAUCCAUUAGUCCUGGGUGAUACAUUUAUAGCUAUUUAGUGACAUAAAACAAAGCUAUAGAAGCAUGCAACCGGAGACGAAAUUACACUUUGAGCAUUGUUGCACUUCUGGUAGUCAACAACACGCGUUCAUCCCAAAAGUGAGGGUUAUAGAAUCAAAAUAUAACAACUGAGCAAUCCAACAUAAUUUCAUCUUUCUAUAUGAUAAAUGUAUAUGAAAACCAUUAUAGAAAAAACCAAACUCUUCAUUUUAUCUCUGAAUAUGCCUAGAUCAGAGUUUAUGAUCGAACAAAUGUAGCCACAUGAAAAAUGAUCUAUUUUCUAUAUACAAACUACGGUGGCCUAAUAUAUAUCGUCAUGCUAAAUAUUACAACUUUAAUAAUGCAUAAAAUGUUCACGGUAAACACACUAGAUUUUCAUGUCAAUUAGAUAUUUUCAUAUAUGAUACGGGUUUCAAAUAUUACACGUAUGGAAUCUACAGCAGAAUAAACUGAAAGUAUUUUACUUAUAACCUUAAAUAUAUGUGCUAUUUUUUGGGGUUGCAAUGUAUUGAUUGCAUUGUUGAUAUAUGUGAAUGUAAAUUUCAUAUUGAGAUCUUUUAUACUUGUGUUUGCACUGUUCUGGAAUAAAAUGACAAUGAGAGACCG